CAUGUACCCAGACCCUGACCUUUGGCUUACCAUCGGGUAAUCUCUAACACAUGAUCCUUAUGUUGCGAAGAAGUUUGGAAGCAGAAUGAGACUGGGAUGGCUGUCAAUUUCCCUGCCUGUCUGAUAUUCCCCGACCCCACUGAUCCACCUUUUUUACUUCUGUCUCUUUCCAGUUUGUCACUCACACAAACACAGACAUACCAUUUAUACAGACAUUCAAAUACUUCACUCUGCUAACUGUGUGUGUCAUUAUUCCUGUUUCCAUAUCUGUCUGACUCACUUGCUGCUAUUUGGCCUGUCACACUGCAUGCUGUAAUCCAAGUGUCAUAUAUCGUUAUAUCACUCAGGAGACUGUGAAGGAUACAAAAAGGCCUGAAGCGGAGACAGACAGCAGAAGAUAUGCCGUUGGUAUCGGGUCCACCACCAAAGCCAGGAGACCUGAUUGAAUUCAUCCGCCCUUUCUAUCAGCAUUGGGGUAUAUAUGUUGGAGAUGGGUAUGUUGUACAUUUAACAGAUCAGGAAGGCUGGUCAAGUUUAUCUUCAGCUCUAGGGGGCACAGCUGUAGUGAGAAAGGACCUUCUAGAAAAUGUUUCUGAUGGCUGUGCUUAUAGGGUAAACAAUAAGUAUGACCUGAAGGUGCAACCAUACCCACCAGAAAAAGUGGUACAAGCAGCAUUGGAACAGGUGGGGCAAACCCUGUCAUACAGUGUCACCAGCGCCAACUGUGAACACUUUGUCACUGCACUAAGAUAUGGGAACUGCUUCUCUGAUCAGGUGGCUAAUGCUUCAAUGUACGCUGCAGCUGGAGGCGGGAUUUUAGCUGCAACAAUUGCCUUUGCGUUUGCCUUUAUGAGGAACAAGCGACAAAACCAGUGACAUUGCACUUUCAGCAAUACACAGACCAGCAGAGUAUUAUGUGGUUCUGAAAUAGCACAAAUCCAGACCAGAAGAUCUUGCGGUGCGGUGCUACAAAAUGCUUCCUUUGCUGUGUGACUUUGCACAAAUAGCGUGUUUUUAUGACUAUUAGACUUAUCUCCUAACCAAUCAGAGCCUUGCUGAGUGCUUUAAGUGUUUCAUUGGCAGAAGCAAGUGUGGCUUAGAUUUGGCUAACCGUAAGGACAGCUACACUGGCAGAAAAAUACUUAGUCCUUGGCCAAUUUACUGAUCAGCCGUUAAAGUCCCAGACAGACUGAAUAGCCAAUGACUUACAACACUAUGGGGCAGAUUUAUCAAAAGGUGAGUUUAGAGUUUAAAGGAGAAUGCAAGUCAAAAUGUAAAAAGCAU